AUGAGAAAAAAGGCUCCCAACAUCGCCGGCUUGUUGCCGAUUUUGAUGGAGAAAAAUCUGAUAGCGGAGACAGGGUCAAGUUCCAGAGCCAUAGAAUUGGACCAUAUUCAGGAGGAGAUUGAGGAGGUGUCUGCCGUUCCGGAAGCGAAGGAGAAGAAGAAGUGCAGAAAUGCUUUGAGGAAGGGGUCGGAAGGUGAAGAGGUUCGAGCUAUACAAGAAGAAUUGCAAAAACUAGGAUUUUACUCGGGUGAGGAAGACAUGGAGUUUUCCAGCUUCUCAAGCGGGACCGAACGUGCUGUCAAGACUUGGCAAGUAACCUCCUUAGACGCCCUUCAAGAUGGCAUAGUGACUGCAGAACUUCUUGAACAAUUAUAUACGGUGGCACAAAUUGAGGGUCUGGAUAACAAAGGGCGUACUCUGACUGCUACACAAAAGUGCCAAUAUAUCAUUCCUCGCUUGGAACUGAACAUAAUGGUUUGGAAGAUACAAAUGGAGCUGCAGCCUGCAGUUACUUCUGCAACAGAAAUUUCAGAGGUCCAGCAAACACUUGUGAAAGAAGGUGUUACAGAAGUAGAGGUAUCUGAGCAUCGUGUUUUUCUCCUUGGAGAGAACCGCUAG